AUGAUUUGGUUCUUUGGUUACUCUUUGCUUGCUGUCAUUGGUGACAGAAAACAGGUUCGCGUGGCACCCGAGCCAAUCGGUGAUGUUUACGUCUGUUUCGGUAGAGGUAUCAUACCUCUCACCACCUUCAAAAACAACCCUGAGCUUUUUGCUCAGACCACUCCUUUGCCUGUUGUUUCUCCUGUUGUUGCUCCUCCCCCCGAGGAUUCCGUCAGUCGACCCUUUUCUUCUGUUCCUUCUGUGGCAACUGUGACAAAGAAGGAAAAAAUAUGUUACUCUUUGGAUUGUGCUUGCGUGGUCGGCAUGCCAUGUCUUAGUGAUGGUUCUUUGCCUGCUUUUCCGUCUGUCCUUCCCGUCUGUUCUCGCGUUCCCUCCUUUGCUUUCGGAUGUGAAGCUUUGACACAAGCAUGGCUUGUAAAUAAUUCUGCUUCUCUUUCUUGUAUUUCUUCGUCUGUUGCCUGUGGGGAUGUAUGUCGCUCUGCCGUUGCUCCCUGUUUGUCCGUUUCUCCUCUUGAGGUUUCUUCCCCAAUUGGGGAUAACGCAUCCUCGGCGGUUUCUUUCCCUCUCGGGGAUAACGCCAUUCCUGCGGUUUCUUCCUCCCUCGAGGAUAACGCUUCUUUUUCUGUUGCUCCUGUUGCAUCAGUUGGCUCUGGUGUUUCUGGUGGUUCUCCACCUUUGCCUUCUUUGACUUCUGUUCCUGUUUCGUCCGGCUGUUCUUCCGUUCGUUCUUCUCCGGUCUUGUCUCCCGCUUGCGCUUCUCUUGCUUGGCCUUCCUUUCCCCCUUCUCCAGUGGCGCCUUCCGUUCCUGCUUCUCUCGGUUGGGAUUCUUUUCCCGCUUCUCCUGUGUUGGCUUCUGCUUUUGCUUCUCCCGUCUGUUCCUCGGCUCCUGGGUCCCCCGGCUUGUCUUUUGGUUCAUUUGCUUUGUUUGGGGUUGAAUUGACACCUCCCUCCUCUCCUUCCCCUCGUCCGACUUCUGUUGCGUCUCCUGGUCCUUCCUCCCCUCGUCUUGUUUCUUCUCCUCGUCGCCCUUCUUCUCCUUGUGAAGAAGAAAAUAAUCGUGAUCGGCAACAACCAGAAGAACCCGGACUUUUGAAGGCUGUCGAAAAAGAAUUUGAGAUUAACUUCGUCAAAAUCUACAAACUUCCUGUUACUGAGAGAGCAGAAAACUCUCAACAAAACAGAUUCACGAUGAUUGCAUCUGCUAUCGACAGAGGCCCUGCCCCUAGUAAAUCUGAUCCCUCCGACAGGGUAUAUAAUACACCCGAAAACUAUUUGACAUAUGUAAAGACUGACAUGACAUUUUUGAAACAAAUGGCUUUUAGAGACACUGCGAUGUAUAAGGCGUCCGAGAAGAAGGAUAAGAAGCGGUCUAACUUCUUGAAUUGCUGGAAGGCGAAGGCAAAGAGAGUUCCCAUGGGUGUUUUGGUCGAGGACGAUACCGAGAUACAGGCUCGUCCUGUGGAACGCAAGAGGCCUACGGCCAUGAUGAAUAACAGUGCUGAGCAGAGUUAUGAGAUCUGCAACAUGUUAAAGGAGUUACUUGAGUUAGUUGAUGAUGGAUCUGUCAAACAUUUUAUUCGGAACUUACAGGGAUUAAGUGCAUCCCGUCAAUUAUCCAUCAUCGUAACCAUUGAUGAUGGUCGAAACUCUCUGGUCUAUGAAGAUGGACCAAUGUUGAUUGAUGAUGAGGAACCAGUUUUGGUUGAAGAUAAAGAAUUGAUUUUGGUUGAAAAUGAUUAA